AUGGCGAUGGCUCGACUGGGCCUCCCGAGGCUCAGCCACAGGACCAGCGAUGGCUCCAAGGGCGACGACUACGAGGCGGGCUACGGCUCGGAAUCGAAGGACACGUCGGCCGUCUCGUGGAAUUCGGGGAGCGACUCCGAGCACCGGUCGCAGUCGUGGCGCCGGUGGUCGAAGAGGCUCAGCACGAGGGGGUCCGCGGCCUCGAGCGACGAGGAGCAGCGCAGCAGCGGCUCCAAGCGGUCGCUGGCAUCGAAGCUUGCCCAGCGCCUUGGGCGCAGGAGGGCGCCCAUGCCGGACGAGCUGCGGCGGCGUGCGGCCAGUUUCCAGAGGUACCUGGACGAGAUGCCGAGCACCCUAGAUUGGAGCAGGAUGGGCCACGCCGCUGUGUCCUCCAGCCAGCCGCCUCUGGCAGCCACUGGAAGCGCCGACGACAGGGCCAGCAUGGGCUGCGCCGACGUCGCCAGGCAGGCUGUCGAGCAGCCCAGCGAGGCGAGCGCAGACGAGAGCGCCCUACCCCUCGUCGACAGCGUUGUCAGCUCGCACUGGCCUCUGGACGACGCCACGGUGGAAGUCGACGAUGCGGCCGAGGUAGCAGAAGUUUCGCCAGCGGACAGCAAGCCUGCUUGGGAUUGUUGUGACAGGCACGAGAUCGAGUUGCUGAGAUGGCUGGAUAACAUGCCACUGGGGCACGACGAUGCCGCGCCUGUCCCGCAUGACAUUUGGCGCGGGUUGCCGGUGUCCCGGAUGUUGUCGCAGGGGCCGAGUCUCAUGGCCAACAGCCAGACGGAGGCCACGUUCUUGCUUUCCGAGCAGCUGGAGGCGGGCCUGGCUGACAUUGACAUUUUCCUGUCGCACACGUGGAGCUCCAACGAAUACCUUAAGUACGUUGCCAUGCUCUACCACUUCAACGGGCGCUCGUCUUUUCUGGCCGCCCACAGUGCAGCACUCGCGACGUUCUUGGUGCUACUCGCGGUCAAGCAGCUGACUCCCUACGGGGGCUACCUUCCCGUCUUUUACGUGCCCAUGCCCGGCAACGUGGAAGAGUACCCCAGGGGCCUCCCAGUGUGCGGCCCGUGCUUCUUCGUCGGGUGCAUGGUGCAGGUCGGGGCGUACGUCUUCGGGCAUCUCAUCUGGUCCUGGGCGCCCGGCGGCGGUUACCAGAAGACGGUGUUCCUGGACAAGUGCUGCAUCCACCAGGUGGACGCGGAGAAGAAGAGGCGAGGCGUGGAGCACGUGGGGAGUUUCGUGAGGCAGAGCAGGACCAUGUUCAUCCCCUUCGACGACGACUACUUCGAGCGGCUGUGGUGUGCGUACGAGCUGGCUGCGUUUGUUCGCUACAAGAAGAGCGACGUCAUCAACUGCCUGAACUUUAUGCCGAUCAAGGUCGCAGUCUUCGUGUUCGGCAUCGCGCUGCUCGGCUUCGUCGGAACCACGGGCUUUAUGUUCAUGGUGGCCGUCAACGACCUCCUGUUCCAGUUCUGGAUCCCGCAAAACUGGCUCGAGUACUUCGCCAUCUGGGGCACUGGAGGGACUCUCAUAUUCGGGGUGCCAAAGUUUGUCUUCUGCCACCUCUCGCUGCAGAGCCGGAAGGUCCUGGACGACAAGCUCGCCCACUUCACCGUGCGCAACGCCAAGGUCACGGUGGAGCAGGACCGCAAGAUGAUCGAGCGGUGCAUCCGGCAGUGGUUUGGGUCGGUCCGGGUGUUCGACCAGAUCGUCCAGAGGGUCUUCCCUCAGAUCGUGCACCGGGCGCUGGGCACGGAGGCGCAAGCCUUGCGUUUCGCUGACGUGCUCCAGGAGAACGCAGGGGUCCUCUUCCUUUUCGUCUACGACGCGUCGCUGGUGGCGUACCCCGACGCCAACAGGGUGGCGCGUGCUCUCACGCUCGGGUUCAGCGCGCACUUCGUGAUCGACCCCCUCUUCCUGUACUCGUUGAACAUGCUGGCGGCAGCUGCGCUCAGGCUGCGGCUCGGCACCCUGCAGGGCCACGCCGUCAGGGGGCUAGGCGUCUUCGUGCUGGGCCUGGCCUACCCCGCCUGGUUCGCGUUCUGCAUCCGCUCGCCCGUCGGGGUGGUCGGUGCCGCGGCGCUGGGUCUCGGGCUGCUUGUGCCCCUGAUCUUCCGGAGGUGA